UUUUAAUCAAGAUUUCAGUGAAAUUAUGCCGGAACAGUUCAUUGGACGUGGAUUUUAAAGAAAAGUAAUAUCAUAUCUGUUAAGUUUGCCACAAUUUAAUGUCGAAUAAGUGUUAUUAUCCAAAUUAACUACAGAUUUCUUGUGCCACUAUCGAUGAACAACAUAAUUCAUCGGUGCUGGAAAUGAACGAGCGGCUGUCAAAGUUUGCGUUUUAUCCGUUUCGAUGAAUGUUUCUCGACAGUGAACCUGAUGACCAGUGUUCAUCGCACCGGCACGAGGCCGGAACGGAACCCUUUCAACGCCGGUUACGUAAUCGUGUAUUUACUCCUGUUGUGUUGUGAUGUGCGAGACUGUCUUUUGCAUUUCCAUUAAAUAUUGUGUUCCGAUUUUGUAUGGAAAAGAUAUCCGAGAGUGAAUUAAGAAUUUGAAUCAGUUUCAGAAAAGUGGUCCGACUUCGUAAGACUUUGCGUUUCGUGAGCAGCAAACAACGGCAACACGGCAAGCCACUUCCGCCAUGGCAUUAGCCUUCAUCACUCGUACCGGAGCGUUUGUGGGACUUGCACGUAGUAAACCGUCGUUUUCUGGUGUUUCUGGAAGUUCUCUGCUAGUGCAGCAAGUGUGUAAUUACGCCAAAAAAGCCAUGGGUUUGCCGCGUUGCUUUUUCGACCUAACUGCUGAUAACGCCCCACUGGGACGUGUCGUUAUUGAGCUGCGCACAGAUGUAACUCCAAAGACUUGCGAAAACUUCCGUGCGCUCUGCACCGGAGAGAAGGGAUUCGGCUACAAGGGUUCCACCUUCCACCGUGUGAUUCCCAACUUCAUGUGCCAGGGUGGCGAUUUCCAGAACCACAACGGUACUGGUGGAAAGUCCAUCUACGGCAACAAGUUCGAGGAUGAGAACUUCAUCCUGCGACACACUGGCCCCGGAAUCAUGUCGAUGGCAAAUGCCGGACCCAACACCAACGGAUCCCAGUUCUUCAUCACCACCGUGAAGACCUCCUGGCUCGAUGACCGCCACGUUGUCUUCGGCAGUGUUGUCGAGGGUAUGGAUGUCAUCCGGAAGGUCGAAUCCUACGGAAACCAAUCGGGAAAGACCUCCAAGCAGAUUGUGGUUUCCAACUGUGGUCAACUGUAAAUUCUUAUCUUCAUAAAGUCGUAAAACAUUAUCUUUUUAUUUUCUUUAAAAGUAAAUCAAUCAGCUUCUCAUUUAUGUUUCCUUAAUGUUGAACAUUCGCAAAACAAUUCGGAAUUGUAUCACACAACUUCAUACGAAGAAGACUACAACAAUAUCGAAGAAAGAAACCAAAUUGUACAAUCUAAUGCAUUUUGUGUUUCCCUGAGCCGAUCUAAAAUAACAAUCGAAUAAAAUAAAUUGUAAUUGCCAGCUAAUAGAACGUUCCAAAAAUAAACACAUUGUGGCCGCGGAAUGCAACACCGCGGUUCUACUUUUAUAACUAAACUUGCCCGAGUUUGUUUCCCUUUUAUUUUACUUCAUUCCCCCCCCCCCCCUCGUACAUCAAAUGAUGGUUAAAAAAGAACCGAGCCGAUGGAAAAUGCGAAAGAACCUUUCGCUAUUGUUACGCGCAAGAUUUGUCGUCUUCUUCUCCCGAUCAAGCGUUGUAAGAUUUUAGACUGUCCUUUCCCUGUGAGAUACUUUUACUCAAGUGUGUGUGAAACUAUGGAUCUAUAGAAUCUGUAUGGUAAAGAUUUAGCAAUAAAGAGUCAAAUAAAACGAA